AAAAAGGCCCAAAUAAAAAAUCCGCCCAAACAUCAUCAGUGAUGCAGCGGGUUGUGCUCCUCUUCCGCGGUCAGCCACGGAGACGACCGACGAUUCAACGAGCAACAACUGCACAGCUGUGACCGUCUGCCUCACGGCUGCCCCUAACUGCAUCAACGCACCCGCACGUCGUAUUCUCGCACUCCGUAUCUCCGACUAAAUAUUCCGUCUACUAGCCAUCCAGAUCGGAAUCUGCAAUAUGGUUUACAUCACUUCUUGGGAUGAGUUCGCCGAGAAAUCUAUUCAGCUAUUUCGGGUUGAUCCUGAACAGACGCGGUAUGUUAUGAAAUACCGGCAUUCUGAUGGUAAAUUGGUUCUCAAAGUGACUGACAAUAAAGAGUGUAUAAAGUUCAAGACCGACCAAGCUCAGGAUGCGAAGAAAAUGGAGAAGCUAAAUAAUAUACUAUUCACUCUAAUGGCUCGUGGACCUGAUGCGGAUAUAUCAGAUGUAGGUGGAAAGGACCAGCAAGAGAAUCAGCCUGCCAAGAGAGGGAGGGGAAGGAAACAAUAGCUACCAUCAUUUUUGCAAACACUUAUAUACUAGGUACCUGAAAACCCAGUGUUCUAUUUUCACCAACCUCAUUAUUCUUGCAUUGAUCCACCCCCAAAUGUUGAUACAAAUUGAUGCUUUGUCGAAUGUGAACUUGUUAUAUAUUGAGGGCUUCUGUUUAUUUUCUUUUAAUAUUACAUCAUCUUCCAAAUGUAGCUCUGAUUUCAUAUGUUGGUUCAUGUUAGCUAAUCCCAAACUCUUUUGGGAUUAAGGCUUGAAUGUUGUUGUAUUGCAACAUCUUUGAAAUCGAAAGUUUGUUGUUUGUGCCUGUCAAAGAAGCUGGCAACAUGCUUACCUACCUCCUAAGAUUGGUUCAUUGUUUAUAUAAUCUGAC